AUGCUGCACAACUACAACAUUCGGGGACCAAAGUACAAAAACGACCGCUCCUCGGCUGGCUCUUCCACAGCAGCGCCCGCCGAGCUGCUCGCCUGCUGCGCACGCGUGUACUUGCCCUACGUGCGCCGUAGCCAAUCGACUGAAGCUCGAGACCCUCGAGGCCGGAAGACCGCACUAGCGCCGGACGUGACGUCUCGGCCGGCCGCGGUGGGGCCCCGGGCAGGAACCGAACUCCUCUCGGCACCCAAGGCCGGGCCCUGCACAACGGAGGAUCUGGGCGUCCGGGAGGGCGAGGGGCGGUCUGAGCGAGCGCGGCUCACGGGACUGUUUCUGCUUUGCCUUCAGCCGAAGCAGCUUCCCGACAAGUGGCAGCACGACCUUUUCGACAGCGGCUUCGGAGGUGGUGCGGGCGUGGAGACGGGGGGAAAGCUGUUGGUGUCCAACCUGGACUUCGGAGUGUCAGACGCGGAUAUUCAGGAACUCUUUGCUGAAUUUGGAACACUGAAGAAGGCAGCUGUGCACUAUGAUCGCUCUGGACGAAGUUUAGGAACAGCAGAUGUGCACUUUGAACGGAAGGCAGACGCCCUGAAGGCUAUGAAGCAGUACAACGGGGUCCCCCUGGAUGGCCGUCCCAUGAACAUCCAACUUGUCACAUCACAGAUUGAAACACAACGGAGACCUGCACAGAGCAUAAACAGAGGUGGCAUGACUAGAAACCGUGGCUCUGGAGGUUUCGGUGGUGGUGGCGGCGCCCGGAGAGGGACCCGUGGAGGCAGCAGGGGAAGAGGCAGAGGCACUGGCAGGAACUCAAAGCAGCAGCUUUCUGCGGAGGAGCUGGACGCACAGCUGGACGCCUAUAAUGCAAGGAUGGAUACCAGCUAAACUGCCGACCGAGUGGAGAGGACCCAGUGCUUCGUCUGCUCUCUUGGGAGGAGGGGAUGGGGACUGGGCUGUGUGGCCAAUGACAGACUUGUUUCUUUUAUGUUUUAAGAUAGGAUUUAAAAACUCAUGUAAAGGUUUUUUUCUUUUUUCAUUUUCUCUUUUUUUUUUUUUUUUUUCUUUCUUUUUUUUUAAAUUCUGAAACAGACCUGUUUUGUACCGAGUUAUUUUUGGGAUAAAUUUUACUGGUUGCUGUUGUGGAAAAGGUGGCAU